AUGAUUCUUUCAUGUUUGAUGAAAAAAACAAACGACAAGAAACAAGGCACCUUAAAAAAUGGGUCUUCUCCUGCAACUACAGUAAAAUCACUUCCAAAAGACUUGUUAGUUGAAGUGGUUGCAAGGGUAGCCUCACAUUCUUUCACCGACUUACAGAGCGUGAAGAUGUGUUGCAAGGAUUUUCUCAAUGCGUCGGAAGAUAAUCAUGUUUUACAACAAGUUUCUUUGGAUAAGUUUCCGCUAAUACAGAAUUUCCUAAAUGAUGAAGCUUUGUCUUUUUUAAAACGUUGCAGGGAAAGCGGAAAUUUAGAGAGCUUAUUUAGAGAAGGAACUCUACAAUUUUUCAAGUAUCCGAAUGAAAAGGUUGGAGGUCUUGAGAUGUUGAAGGUGGCUGCAGAGAAGGGUCACAAGGGAGCAAAAUAUAUGUAUGGUAUGAUCUUACUGUGUUCCAAAGAUGAUGGGUUAAGAAAACUGGGACUCGAGCACAUGCGUUUUUUGAGAACGUCCAUGUGUAUUAUAACAUGCAGGAAAAGGGUAAAACAAUUUGAACGAUGCAUGUGGAGAUAUGAUAGAGUGCUAGAGCCCAACCAUUCCCCUUUAUGCUCUUGCAAGAGCACAUGUAAGGGGUGGAGGAUAAAGAACGGUGGAUGGUUAUUAUUAGACGAUGAAGAUGAUGAUCUUGACUCGUGUGAAUAUUGUAGAUGGGAUCAUGAGUUACAAUUCUUUUAUGAGUUAUUUGAUGUUCGUUAG